AUGGAGUUAAGAGUGGGCAACAAAUAUAGACUGGGUCGAAAAAUAGGAUCGGGUUCCUUUGGAGACAUUUAUUUAGGAACUAAUAUUUCAACAGGAGAAGAAGUAGCAAUCAAACUAGAAUGUAUAAAAACGAGACAUCCACAGCUUCACAUAGAAUCCAAAUUUUACAAAAUGAUGCAGGGCGGUGUGGGCAUCCCCCAGAUAAAAUGGUGCGGUUCGGAAGGUGACUACAACGUCAUGGUGAUGGAACUACUAGGUCCAUCUCUGGAAGAUCUCUUUAAUUUUUGUUCGCGUCGUUUUUCGCUAAAGACGGUUCUGUUGUUGGCCGACCAAUUGAUCUCGCGCACGGAUUUCAUUCAUUCGCGGAAUUUCAUCCACAGGGACAUCAAACCGGACAAUUUCCUCAUGGGUCUGGGCAAAAAGGGCAAUCUAGUGUACAUAAUCGAUUUCGGGCUGGCGAAAAAGUAUAGGGACGGACGGACCCAUCAGCACAUACCUUAUAAGGAAAAUAAAAAUUUAACUGGUACGGCGAGGUACGCAAGUAUAAAUACGCAUUUAGGCAUCGAACAAUCUAGGAGAGAUGAUCUGGAAUCGUUAGGUUAUGUUUUAAUGUACUUUAAUAGGGGCUCGUUACCUUGGCAGGGUUUAAAGGCCGCUAAUAAAAGACAGAAAUACGAACGUAUUUCGGAAAAGAAAAUGUCCACUCCAAUAGAAGAGCUCUGUAAGGGCUACCCUAUAGAAUUUCCUACUUACCUAAAUUAUUGUCGACAAUUGAGGUUCGAAGAAAGGCCGGACUACAGUUAUUUAAGACAAUUAUUUAGGACUUUAUUUCAUAGACAAGGAUUCACAUAUGAUUAUGUGUUUGAUUGGAAUAUGCUCAAAUUCGGUGGUUCGAGAGGUAGCCAUUGCGAAGAAAACGGCGGCAGAUCGAGCGCUAGAUAUGGAAGCCAUGCCGCCGCAAUUCCUGCCGAUUCAUCGCCCGCCGCUCCUCAGUCCAGGACGCGAAGGCCGCACGAUGCUCGCAUGGAAAUGGUGUCUUCGGGCGGUAACGCUCCUACCCAAAAUGUCCUAGAUGAAGUCAUCACUAGUAACUCGCCUAGAAUGUAUGAUAGUCAUGAAAGAAGAGUUUCUAUGAGACUUCGAGCCAGUCAAGGAGCCCCGAACGCUUCCACGUCAGACUUAAGCACCUCUAAACAAGCCAACGCCUCCGGAGUGGCAAUGGUACCUCCAAGCGGACAGACGGGGGCCCAGGGCCCGCUACCUAGGCGGGGCAGCGCUUCCAAAGACGCACCGGCAGCGCCCCGGCUCAAAAAGGUUAAUUUGAAAAUGGCGAUAAGAAGUAAAGUGGAUAAACUGAACGACUAA